GUUCACUACGCGCACGAAGAAUUAGGAUAUACUUGAGACAGGAUUACAAUAACAAUAGCCUAGGGUUAUGCUUUGUUAUUGUGAUACUGAGAUCGGGAUAACAAGUUCUAUUCACAACGUAACAUUCAAACUCGUGCGCUGAAGAACGGAGGUCGCUGGGACACUCAGGGACAAACAAAAACAGAAAACAAUGGACGGCCUAAUCUCAAAUGUGACCGCGUGGUGUCCAUCGGCGUUCACCGGUGCGACGGGCGAGGUGUUCGCUGGAGCGGUAGCAGCAGUGGUUGCUGCGCACUGCGCGUUUGUCGCCGAGCCGUGGCCAGAGGAUAGCACUCCUCAAAUAGUGGAUAAACCUACUGAACUAUCGUAUGACUUUAUAGUAGUGGGAGCAGGGACAGCAGGUUCCCUUGUGGCCAGCCGCCUGAGCAAGCACUGGUCUGUGCUACUUCUCGAAGCCGGCGGUGACCCGGGACUGGAUAGCGAGGUUCCGGCGUUUCUUUACAAUAACCAGGAAACGGUAAACGAUUGGAAUUACAAAACUGAGCCAGACGGAACGAGCUGCCUGGGGCUUAGACACGAACGAUGCACUUGGAGUAAAGGAAAAGGUAUGGGCGGAUCGAGUUCUACCAAUGCCAUGUUGUACAUCACAGGACACCAUGCCGACUAUGACAACUGGAAAACCCUUGGGAAUAAAGGCUGGGGAUAUGAAGAUCUCUCAACAUAUUUUGACAAAGUCGAAAAAAAGCUUAACUUGAACGAUUACACAUUUAAUACGAACCCAUUUUACAAUAUCUUCGAGGAAGCUUAUAAAGAACCAGGCGUAUUGCCAAUCGAUAAAUUAAGCAAUGAGGCCGUUAUAGGCACAAAAAUAACCAAACUUCUGACAAGUAACGGGAAACGUUUGAAUACUGCUAAAAUAUUUAUAAACGAGUCUAUAAACCUGCAUAUCAUGAAAAAUGCCGUAGUGCACAAGAUAAUUAUAGACGCUGAGUCUAAAAUUACCGUCGGCGUGGAGUUUCAAGUAGCCAACGGGAAAAUUAUGCAAAUAAAUGUUAGGAAAGAAGUAAUACUAUCCGCUGGCUCCAUUGGCACACCGCAAAUUCUUAUGUUAUCGGGAAUAGGUCCUAAAAAGCAUCUCGAAGAGAAAAAAAUUAAUCCUAUAAUAAACUUGCAAGUUGGUCAAAAUUUGCAAGAUCAUAUCUUCUUUCCAAUAUACCUAACAAUUAAAGAGACUAUACCAAUAUCUCCCGAGGCAUUUAAUUUAUUUGUGAUGCAAUACAUUUUAACUAGAACUGGACCGCUGUCUACGAUAGGCGUCACUGAUUUUAUGUCUUUUAUCAAUACAAAACACAACAGUAUUCCCAACGUCCAAUUUCAUCACAUGUACAUUCCUAAAAACGACCAGUUAAUGUUGAAGAAUUAUAUGAACAAGACAGGAUAUAAAGCGGAAGUCAUAGAAGCAGUGGCAAAGUUAAAUGAAGACUAUGAAUUGAUUGGACUUUAUCCUACUUUGCUGCACCCAAAAUCCAAAGGUGAAGUAUUAUUGGCUGACAAUAAUCCUACAUCGAAGCCCAUCAUCAAACCACAUUAUUUUAAAAGUCCAGAUGAUUUAAAACAACUAAUCGAAGGUGUAAGAUUUGUACCUAAAUUGCAGAAUACUAAUGUCUUUAAGGCCCUUAAUGCAAAACUUGUCCAAAUUAAGAUGCCAUUUUGCACAGAAUUCUCGUUUAACACUGAUAAUUACUGGGAGUGUUACAUAAGACACAUGGCAACCACUGUAUACCAUCCAGUUGGAACUGCAAAGAUGGGCGUGAAGGAAGAUCCAAAUUCCGUAGUGGAUUAUAACUUGAUGGUACAUGGAGUGAAGAAACUAAGAGUCGUGGAUGCCAGCGUGAUGCCAGAUAUAGUGGGAGCUAACACGAUGGCAACAACCUUAGCGAUUGCUGAAAAAGCUGUAGAUAUGAUAAGAAAAUGGUACAAUGUAAAAGAUGAAUUGUGA